AUGGGCCUAACAAAGCUGCUGUUCAGUUGCCUCCGCCCCCGUUUCAUCCUCGUGCUCGCCUCGUCGCUGAGCCUGGCCGCCGCGCUCAACCCGGCGUGCGCGCCCGGCGGCAACUUCGACCUGAGCAAGUUCACGCUGCAGCUGCCCAGCGGCUCGCCGGGGAAGCCAGACACGAUCACAGGCGCCAAGCUGUCGGGAUGCUCCGGCUUCCAGAACAAGGACUUCUUCUUCACCGGCCCCGACGGAUCGCUGCAGAUGAAGGUCCCCGGCGACACGAGCACCGGCUGCGUCACCACGCCCAACAGCAAGCACUGCCGGACGGAGCUGCGCGAGCAGGACCCCGUCAGCUGGGACCCGAACGGGGCGACCAACGUGCUCAGCGCGAACCUGACGGUGGUGAGCGCGGGCGGCUCGACGUGCAUCGGGCAGAUCCACAUCGACGACACCGUCUCGCACAAGCCGGUCGCCGAGCUGUUCAUCGACGACGGCGGCAAGCUGACGGUGGGCAUGGAGCAGACGCGCGCCGGCGGCAACGAGAAGUCGUUUGACAUUGGCAGCGUUACUCUCGGCCAGCCCUUUUCGUACGAGAUCCACUACGAGAAGAACGUUUUCUCUGUUGUGCUCAACGGCGCCAAGCCGGUCGUCGUCACCACCUUCAGCCUCAACGCUCCCAAGAGCUACUUCAAGGUCGGCAACUACCUGCAGGCGAGUAAGCCGUCGGUCGUCAAUUUUUUCAGUAUCGAUAUUCAGCAUGCGUGA